AUGGCUUUACCCCUUAUUGCACCGCCAGGACCUAAUAGCUACAAGAAGUUUACUGUGGAAUCUUUGGCAAUCAUUGAGCAGCGCAUCGCUGAGGAGAAAAACAAGAAGCCACCCAAGCAGGACAGCAGCUACCGUGACGACGAUGACGAGAACAAGCCAAGGCCCAACACCGACCUGGAGGCUGGGAGGAGCCUGCCCUACAUCUACGGGGACAUCCCUAAAGGAAUGGUGGCUAUACCAUUGGAGGACCUGGACCCAUUCUACCUGACCUCUCAAAAAACAUUUAUAGUGCUAAAUAGAGGGAAGACAAUCUUCCGUUUUAGUGCCACACCUGCCUUGUACUUCAUAAAUCCUUUAAAUCCGGUUAGGCGAGUAGCUAUUAAAAUUUUGAUACAUUCUCUUUUCAGCAUGAUCAUAAUGUGUACUAUUUUGACCAACUGUAUAUUCAUGACCUUUAGUGAUCCUCCCGAGUGGUCAAAACAAGUAGAGUACACAUUCACAGGAAUUUAUACAUUUGAGUCGCUUGUUAAAAUCUGCGCACGAGGAUUCUGUAUAGACGGGUUUACAUUCCUCAGAGAUCCAUGGAACUGGCUGGAUUUCAUGGUCAUUUCGAUGGCAUAUAUAACAGAGUUUGUGGACCUGGGCAAUGUAUCUGCGCUGAGAACAUUCAGAGUUCUCCGAGCAUUGAAAACUAUCUCUGUCAUUCCAGGACUGAAGACCAUCGUCGGCGCCCUCAUCCAGUCUGUGAAGAAGCUCUCGGAUGUGAUGAUCCUGACCGUCUUCUGCCUGAGCGUCUUCGCCCUCAUCGGCCUGCAGCUCUUCAUGGGCAACUUGCGGCACAAGUGUGUGGUCUGGCCGAUCAACAUCACCGAGAACUACAUGUACGGCAGCAGCAAGGGCUUUGACUGGAAAGAGUACAUCAUGAACGACACCAACUUCUACUUCAUCCCUGGCCAGUUAGACGCUCUUCUCUGUGGGAACAGCUCUGACUCGGGCCGCUGCCCGGAGGGCUUCACAUGCAUGAAAGCUGGGAGGAAUCCGAACUAUGGCUACACCAGCUUUGACAGCUUCGGCUGGGCCUUCCUGGCUCUCUUCCGACUCAUGACACAGGACUUCUGGGAAAACCUCUACAUGCUGACUCUGAGGGCGGCAGGGAAGACCUACAUGAUCUUCUUUGUCCUGGUGAUCUUUGUGGGAUCUUUCUACUUGGUGAAUCUCAUCCUGGCUGUGGUGGCCAUGGCUUAUGAGGAGCAGAACCAGGCCACCAUGGAGGAGGCCAUUCGUAAGGAUGAGGAAUUCAAGGCCAUGCUGGAACAGCUCAAGAGACAGCAGGAGGACGCCCAGACUGCUGCCAUGGCAACCUCUGCAGGCACAGUGUCAGAGGAUGCGGUAGAGGAUGACGGAGGGGGGCAUCUCUCGUGCAGCUCCUCCGAGAUGUCGAAACUCAGCUCCAAGAGCGCCAAAGAGCGUCGCAACCGUAAGAAGAAAUGGCGGCAGAAAGAGCAGGACAAGGAGAAAUGCGACAGCGAGAAGUUUGUCAAGUCCGAGUCAGAUGACGGCAGCAAGAGGAGCCGCUUCCGUUUCCCUGAUAACCGGCUGGGUCGAAAGUCUUCCAUUAUGAACCAGUCCCUACUCAGCAUACCCGGCUCGCCUUUCCUGUCCCGCCACAACAGUAAGAGCAGCAUCUUCAGUUUCAAGGGCCGCAACAAGGACGGGGGUUCAGAGAACGAGUUCGCCGACGAUGAGCACAGCACGGUGGAGGAGUGCGAGGAUCGCCGGGGCUCCCUGUUCAGCCCGUACCGGCGGAACAGCUACAGCGGCUUCCACGGCAAGAGGAACAGCACGGUGGAUUGCAAUGGCGUGGUGUCGCUCAUCGGCCCUGGGCCCGGUGGACGCCUUCUGCCUGAGGUGAAAAUAGAUAAGGCAGCUACUGACGACAGUCCGACUACUGAGGUUGAGGUGAAGAAGAAGCUGUCGGGCUCCCUGAUGGUGUCUGUGGACCAGCUCAAUACCUCCUUUGGGCGGAAAGAGCGGGCCAACAGUGUCAUGAGCGUCAUUACCAACACACUAGUGGAGGAACUGGAGGAGUCUCAGCGCAAGUGUCCGCCAUGCUGGUAUAAGUUUUCUAACACAUUCCUGAUCUGGGAGUGCUCCCCCAAUUGGAUUAAGAUCAAGGAGAUUGUGAACCUGAUUGUCAUGGACCCCUUCGUGGAUUUAGCCAUCACCAUCUGCAUCGUCCUGAACACCCUCUUCAUGGCGAUGGAGCACUACCCCAUGACCCCCGACUUUGAGCACAUGCUGUCCGUGGGCAAUCUGGUUUUCACAGGGAUCUUUGCAGGAGAGAUGCUUUUCAAGCUGGUUGCUAUGGAUCCAUAUUACUACUUCCAGGAAGCCUGGAACUGUUUUGACGGAUUCAUUGUGACGCUGAGUUUAGUGGAGCUGGCUCUGGCUGAUGUCGAAGGCCUGUCUGUGCUGCGGUCAUUCCGAUUGCUGAGAGUGUUUAAGCUGGCCAAGUCAUGGCCAACCCUCAACAUGCUGAUCAAGAUCAUUGGUAACUCGGUGGGAGCCCUGGGGAACUUGACUCUGGUGCUGGCCAUUAUCGUCUUCAUCUUUGCUGUGGUGGGCAUGCAGCUGUUUGGGAAGAGCUACAAAGACUGUGUGUGCAAGAUAGCCAAGGAAUGUGAGCUGCCCCGCUGGCACAUGAACGACUUCUUCCACUCCUUCCUGAUCGUCUUCCGGGUGCUGUGCGGAGAGUGGAUAGAGACCAUGUGGGACUGCAUGGAAGUGGCGGGCCAGGGCAUGUGCCUCCUCGUCUUCAUGAUGGUCAUGGUGAUCGGCAACCUGGUGGUGUUGAACUUGUUCCUUGCCUUGUUGCUGAGCUCGUUCAGCGCCGACAACUUGGCUGCGACAGAUGAUGAUGGCGAGCCCAACAACCUGCAGAUUUCAGUUAAGCGCAUAAAGGUAGGGAUCGCAUGGAUAAAAGUGAAGGUGCGGAUACUGAUGGCCACCCUGCUAAAGAAACCCCCGAUGGAGGAUGAGCAGAAGCCUUUGGACGACAUGUACGACAAGAAGCUGAACUGCAUCGCUAAUCACACUGGGGUGGACAUCAACCGCGACCUGGACUACGCCAAGAACGGCAACGGCACCACUAGCGGUAUAGGCAGCAGCGUGGGGAAGUACAUGAUCGACGAGGACCACAUGUCUUUCAUCCACAACCCGAAUCUGACCGUCUGCGUGCCCAUAGCUGUGGGAGAGUCCGACUUUGAGAACCUCAACACGGAGGACUUCAGUAGCGAGUCGGAAUGUGAGAACAGCAAAGAGCUGGAUGAAACCAGCUCGUCAGAGGGCAGCACCAUCGACAUCAAGCCAGAUGUGGUGGAGGAGGUGAUAGUGGAGGCGGUGGAGGAAUACUUGGAACCAGAGGCCUGCUGGACAGAGGGUUGCAUCGCAAAGUAUAAGUGCUGUGAUGUUCCGAUCAAUGUGGGCUGGGGGAAGCCCUGGUGGUUCCUGAGAAAAACCUGCUUCCUGAUUGUGGAACACAACUGGUUUGAGAGCCUCAUCAUCUUCAUGAUCCUCCUCAGCAGUGGCGCCCUGGCCUUUGAGGACGUGUACAUCGAGCAGAGGAAGACCAUUCGAGUCAUUCUGGAGUACGCCGACAGGGUUUUCACCUACAUCUUCAUCCUGGAGAUGUUGCUGAAGUGGGUCGCCUACGGUUUUGUCAAGUACUUCACCAACGCCUGGUGCUGGCUGGACUUCUUCAUUGUGGAUGUGUCUAUAGUCAGCCUUGUAGCUAAUGCGCUGGGCUACUCCGAUCUAGGGCCCAUUAAAUCACUCAGGACACUAAGGGCCUUGAGACCCCUCAGAGCCUUGUCACGUUUUGAAGGGAUGAGGGUGGUAGUCAACGCCUUGGUGGGUGCCAUCCCUUCCAUUAUGAAUGUGUUGCUGGUUUGCCUCAUCUUUUGGCUGAUUUUCAGUAUCAUGGGGGUCAACCUGUUUGCGGGCAAGUACUACUACUGUUUCAAUCAGACGUCAGAGGAAUACUUCUCAGUUGACGUGGUCAACAACAAGACCCAGUGUGUGGCCCUCAUGCACCAAAACUUUACUGAGGUCAGGUGGAAGAACGUCAAGAUCAACUUUGACAAUGUGGGCGCCGGCUACCUCGCCCUGCUGCAAGUGGCCACGUUCAAAGGCUGGAUGGACAUUAUGUACGCGGCUGUGGAUUCCAGAGAGGUGGAAGACCAACCAGACUACGAAGUCAACAUCUACAUGUACAUCUACUUUGUGGUUUUUAUCAUAUUCGGCUCCUUCUUCACCCUCAACCUCUUUAUUGGUGUGAUCAUUGACAACUUCAACCAGCAAAAGAAAAAGUUUGGAGGUCAGGACAUCUUCAUGACAGAGGAACAGAAGAAGUACUACAACGCCAUGAAAAAACUGGGGUCCAAAAAGCCGCAAAAGCCUAUUCCUCGACCACAGAACAUGAUCCAGGGAAUGGUGUUUGACUUCGUGCAGCAGCAGGUUUUCGACAUCUCCAUCAUGAUACUGAUCUGCCUCAACAUGGUCACCAUGAUGGUGGAAACAGACGAUCAGUCGGACGACACGGAGAACGUCCUCUACUGGGUCAACUUCAUCUUCAUUGUAGUCUUCACCACAGAGUUCCUGCUUAAGCUCUUUGCCCUUCGCCACUAUUACUUCACCAACGGCUGGAAUAUUUUCGACGUGGUGGUGGUCAUCCUGUCUAUUGUUGGUAUGUUCUUGGCUGACAUCAUUGAGAAGUACUUUGUGUCACCAACCCUGUUCAGGGUGAUCAGGCUGGCUCGUAUCGGUCGUAUCCUCCGUCUGAUUAAAGGAGCGAAGGGCAUCCGGACUUUGCUCUUCGCUUUGAUGAUGUCACUGCCAGCCCUGUUCAACAUUGGCUUACUGCUCUUCCUGGUCAUGUUCAUCUUCUCCAUCUUCGGCAUGUCUAACUUUGGCUACGUGAAGCACGCAGCGGGCAUUGACGACCUGUACAACUUUGAAACCUUUGGCAACAGCAUGAUUAUUCUGUUUAUGAUCACUACGUCGGCUGGAUGGGACGGCCUGCUGCUGCCAAUCCUCAACUACGAACCAGACUGCGACUCUCGCUACGAGAACCCUGGAACAAAUGUGAAGGGGGACUGUGGUAAUCCCUCAGUGGGAAUCUUCUUUUUUGUCAUGUACAUCAUCAUUUCUUUCCUGAUUGUGGUCAACAUGUACAUUGCCAUCAUCUUGGAGAACUUCAGUGUGGCUACAGAAGAAAGUGCUGAUCCACUCAGUGAGGACGACUUUGAGACCUUCUACGAGAUCUGGGAGAGGUUUGACCCAACUGCCUCUCAGUUCAUCACGUUCAUAAAGCUGUCUGACUUUGCAGACGCAUUGGAGCAUCCACUUCGCGUGCCAAAGCCCAACACUAUAGAACUAAUUGCCAUGGACAUGCCCAUGGUGAGUGGCGACCGCAUUCACUGCCUGGACAUCCUGUUUGCCUUCACAAAGCGUGUGCUGGGUGACAGUGGUGAGUUGGACAUGCUGAGGCAGCAGAUGGAAGAGCGUUUUGUGCAAGCCAACCCCUCCAAGGUGUCGUAUGAACCCAUCACCACCACACUGCGCCGCAAACAGGAAGAUGUCUCUGCCAGAACUAUCCAGAACGCCUACCGCUGUCACCUCAUCAGGCGUGGCAUCAUCUUCAAGCGCCGCACUUUUACUAAUAGGCUUGAAAAUGGUGGGAACAACCAGGAGAAGAAAGAGAGCACGCCAUCCACAGCCUCUCUUCCCUCUUACGACAGCGUGACCAAACCUGACAAGGAGAAGCAGGAUGACAACAAGGAGGAGUGGGCCAGGAAAGAUAAGGACAAAAACCAAAAAGAUGAGUGGGAAUCCAAGUGUUAG